UAUGGCACCUGUUAUAGGGGGAAGAAGAAUCAUCGCCUCCGGCUCAACCAGGCCGUUUCAAGCCCGUCGUCAACUGAGUCCCUACGUCGUUCAGAAAAACCACAUUUCUACGGCAAUUGCCACUGCGCCAAAGGACACAACAUUCUUUGCCGACGAGUCUUAUCUUGAUUCGCAGUUUUGGGAAAAUGCCGUGGGAACUGCACUGAAGACGCUCAUGAGAGGCGCUAGAUAUGACCCUGCCACGCUACAAGAACACCUCAAUUUCGUCUCUCAAAGCGUUGCACCUGUCUUAGGUGCACGCCCCAUCCAGCGCCAGGCGCCUCGGUGGAAAAGCUUCAUGACGGAUGAUUAUUCUCCACUGGAAUACAGUUGGAGUUGGGAUGGGGAGCGGCCUACCAUCCGAUAUAGUUUUGAGCCAAUCGGCCCUUUGGCAGGAACGGAAAAGGAUCCAUACAACCAUCAAGCCCCGAUGGCAUAUGUCGAUCACCUCCGGCGCCAUCUGCCCGCCGCCGAUUGGAGGUGGUUCGCCCACUUCGCCCGUGCUUUCUACCAAGACACUUCCGCCAAAGUAGCGGCCGAAAAUUAUGGGUCCAGUCCCUCCUCCGUUUUCAUUGGUUUCGACCUCGGACGAGAUGGUCGUAAGAUGUGCAAAAUGUAUCUCGUCCCGGUAAAAGCGGAACAAACUAAUCAGUCACGACUGGCGGUUCUCGACGACGCCGUUCGAACGCUACCACAGUUCUCCGAUUUGUCGGCUUAUUCUCCGCUGCAGGCUUUCCUGCAACAUCAGGAAGCAAUUGGCACUCCAGCACAUAUUAUUGGCGUGGCUGUCGACUGUGUCGAUCCAUCCGCUUCGAAAUUGAAAAUUUACUUUCGGAGUUCUUCGACCUCCUUUGCAAGUGUCAGAGACACGCUGACCGCGGGUGGAAUGGUGUCUUCGUGGGACAAUUGCGCACUGGAACAACUGCAAGAGCUGUGGUCUCUUGUUCUUGGUCUCCCUUCAGAUUUUCCAUGUAGCCAGGAGCUACCGUCGAAAUCCCAUGAGACAUCGGGAGUGCUCUAUAAUUUUGAUAUUAAGCUUGGCAAUCAACAGCCGGAAACGAAGGUAUACAUUCCUGUACGCCAUUACGGGCAAAGUGAUCAUGCAAUUGCCGUGGGUCUGGUGGAGUUUCUGCAACGUCGCGGUGGACACUCCCAGUACCACGAUCGCUUUCUCAAGGCAUUAAAGCAAUACGCCUCGUUUCGCGCGCUAGACCAGGGGUGUGGAGUCCAGACUUACAUCGCCUGUGCCUUCAAGCGAGGCCAACUCAGCUUAACGUCUUAUCUUUCGGCGGAAAUCUACCAUCCUGGUCGCUGGGAGGGGUUAAGGGGGGAAACUAAUGUGGGAAUGCCAAUUUUCUAAACAUACGUUUUGUUUUUAUUGUUGGUGUAUUUAAUUAUUUAAAUUUAUUCAAAUUAAUUCAAUCCUAUUUAAUAAUCUA